AUGUCUAAACUACCACGAGCUACACUAGCAGAAAAGAUCAAAGUUUUAGACUUUUUCCAUUCAUCUCAUAGCUCUCAACUAAAGACGGUUGAUAGAUUUAGAAAUGAAAUCUCAAUAAGUACAUCAUCAUUAAGUGAAUGGAUUAAAAAUGAAGAAGAUUUAAGAACAAGAUUUAGUCAAGAUGAUUUUAAAAUGUCUAAGAAUAGUAAAAGAAAAGCAACUUUCAAAUAUGAAAAAAUCAACAAGGCAAUGGAUAGAUUAGUACAAAGUAGAUUGGAAAAAGGAGAAGUCAUAAAUGAACCAAUACUUCGAGAACAUUGGUCAAUUUAUGCUCAUCAAUAUGGUGUUGAUGAUCCAAAAAGAUUACAUAGUUUUAGUCAUGGUUGGUUAAGUCAAUUUAAAAAAAGACAUGGAUUGAAAAGACCUAAAAAGGAUUCGGAGGGUGUCGAAUUUUCAGAUGUUGAUCCAGAAUUAAAAGAAGUAGCUCCAAUACAAUUACCACCACAACCAAUUUCAUUACCUGUACAACAACAACAAGAACAACCGCAACUACAAUCACUAGGUCAAGCUCCAAUUCAACCACCACGCCAAACGCAACCUCAAAUUCAAACACAACCUCCACCUCCAACUCAAAUUCAAGUUCAACCACCAUCUGCUCGAUCACAACCACCAGUACAACAACCAUCACUGGUAAUUACAGAUGUCGAAGUAGAAAGAUUUAUAUUUGUAAACGCAGACAAAUUUUUUCAUCAACAUCAAUUUGAUUUCCCCAAAAGUUUUGUACAUUUUCAAAAAUUAAAAGAAACAUUCUUUGAUGAAAAAUUUGCAGCAAGAAAUGGCUCACAAUAA